GGACUCAUGAUUGACAGCUAAUGAGCCAAUCAGAAACGGGUAAAUUAUUUUUUGACAAACGUCAGGAUUUUACUGUCCAAUCCUAGAGUAGAAACAAGGCGGGACUUUGCGUUACUAAGGCAAGUCGAGGCAAGUAUAAAGGGAACAACAUGGUUUCCCAGUUGCUGUAUGUGUUUACUUAAAGAACUCAUUCGAAAGGGUGUUAUUUUUUUGCAACACACAAACUCAACUUUUCUGUGUUGUUGCAGUUCAUUUUCACCUCGGGGUUUCUAUUUUUUUGUGUUAAGAUUUACAAGGCCAGUGGCAUGUAAAUCUCAUAUUUCACUAAUGUGCCAGUCUUACAAAUGGAAAGGGGGCUUCACUUUGGAAACGUGAGCAUUUCCCUGGUGCUCCUGCUGUUGGUGAAAGCGCUCAUCGGAUUCGGGACCUCGCAAGCUCAGGGCUCCGCCAUCGGGAGGGAGCCGCAGUCCGCCACCCGGGGUCCGGCUUCGACCUCGGCGGAAGAUGGUGCAAGAGUCAUGGAGCACGGCUUGGGGAACGUGGGAGCCUCGGUCAUAGGGGCAGACGUGACCGUGGAGGACGACGACAACGGUUCGACCGGGGAGACCGACGAGUCAUUCGGAGAAAGUAACGGAAACAUCCCCCCGACGAGGUCUCUAGUGAUCAUCAGUACCUUGGAUGGACGGAUCUCGGCUCUGGAUCCUCACAACCAGGGCAGGAAGCAGUGGGACCUGGACGUCGGCUCGGGAUGCCUGGUGUCCUCCAGCCUCAGCAAGCCUGAGGUGUUUGGCAAUAAGAUGGUCAUACCUUCACUGGACGGUGCCUUGUUCCAGUGGAACCGGGACAGGGAGAGCAUGGAGGCAGUGCCUUUCAGCGUGGAGUCCCUGCUGGAGUCGUCCUACCGCAUCGGAGAGGACACGGUCCUGGUUGGGGGCAAAUCCCUCACCACCUACGGCCUGGGGGCUUACAGCGGCAAGCUCCGGUACAUCUGCUCGGCGGGGGGCUGCAGCCGCUGGGGGGACGACGAGGUGGAGACCGAGGAUGUGCUCCUGCUGCAGAGGACUCAGAAGACCGUGCGAGCCAUCAGGCCUCGAUCAGGGAUGGAGAAGUGGAACUUCAGCGUCGGGAACUUUGAGCUGAAAUUUGUUCCGGAGAUGCAGCCUGGAAUGAACUUCCUGGAGGGAGAAGGGUUGAACGGUGACGCCUGGAAGGAGAAGCAGCGGGUCAUCGCCGACGAACCGAGGGAGGCGGAGCAGACGGAGAGCCAGCAGAACCAAAACCAGCAUUUGGACCUCAUCAUCAAAGUGUCUGUUCCCGACUGGAAGGUCAUGGCCUUCAGCACCGAGAAUAAUGGACAGCUGGUCUGGGAACGUCAGUUCUGCACACCCAUUGCCUCGGCCUGGCUGGUGGGUGGUGGGAAGGUAACACCGAUCAGCCUGUUUGAUGACACCGGCUACAGCAACCAGUCCGAAACCGAUGACGAGGAGGAGGCCGACGAUCCGGAGAAGGUCCGGAAAGCUGCAGAGUCCAGUGUUUACCUGGGCAUGUUCCAGGGGCAACUCUACCUCCAGUCCUCAGUGAGGAUCAGUGAAAAGUUCCCCUCCAAAGCCAUCGGGUCGGAGAAGGACAUAAUUCCACUGCCCAUCGUCAAAUGGAAGCCUCUAAUACAUUCUCCGUCUCGGACGCCAGCGCUGGUCGGCUCCGAUGAGUUUGACAAGUGUUUGAACAACGACAAGUUCUCCCACGAGGAGUACAGCAAUGGAGGCCUGUCCGUCCUCCAGUAUCCAUACGACAACGGCUACUACUUCCCCUACAGCAAGCGCUCCCGGGGGAAACGUGGCAACGCCGUGAUCCUGAUAAAUGGGAAGGGGGCGAAGUCUGACAGUCGCAGGAGGAAGGACCCGGUUCUGCUGCUGCCCUGGUGGAAGGAGAUCCUCGGCACCAUCGUUUUCUGCAUCGCCGCCACCACGUACAUCGUCCGCAAGUUCUUCCACCCUCCCGCCCCGGUGGCCUAUGUGAGGCAACGGAAAGAGUCGGAGACACAGUGCCAGACAGACUGCAAGUUUGACCUUGAAGUUGUGGAAUCCAAAGAGCCUGUUACCACGGAGACCCGCUCCAGCGAAUACGUGUCCAGGUACCUGACAGACUUUGAGCCGGUGCAGUGCCUCGGCCGCGGGGGGUUCGGCGUCGUGUUUGAAGCCCGCAACAAAGUGGACGACUGCAACUACGCCAUCAAAAGAAUCCGUCUGCCCAAUAGGGAGCUGGCCAGAGAGAAGGUGAUGAGGGAGGUGAAGGCCCUGGCAAAGCUGGAGCACCCGGGGAUUAUACGCUACUUCAACGCCUGGCAGGAGAGCCCCCCGGAGGGCUGGCAGGAGCAAAUGGACCAGAGGUGGCUGAAAGACGCCAGUACCACCGACUGGCCGCUGAGUUUCCUCGACAACAUGGAGGCGCUGUCAGUCAAAGUACCCGUGUCCAGCUCCGUGUCUCCGGCCUCUGGACCCGGAGGAGACGCUCUGGAGGCGUCCGCCAGCGCCCAGGCCCUGCUCUCCAGCAGCGCCGCGGGCUUCGGCGUGGACGACGCGGACCUGUCCUUCCACCCGCUGCUCGGCCACGACAGCCUCAUGUCGGAGAGGGACAGCCAGGCCGACCCCGACGCCUCGGACACCCCCCACUCCUUCGAGCUGUGCCCCCCCCGCGGGCCCAGCGACUGCACCUCCUCCUCCUUCGACAUCGUGUUCGAGGACUCGGGCUGCGACCGGGACGCCGACGCCGACACGGACUCGGCCUCCGACGCGGCCAGUCCCGCCACGGUGACGAAGAACAGCUCGUCCUCUUCGCACACCAGACGGCAGGAGUCCGUCCCCACUUCCUCUUCCACCCCUACUCGGCCAACCUCGCUCAUGCUGGCUCACCCCACAACUCCUCCCAACCAGCGGGUUCAGCCUUCCCCUAAGGUGUACCUGUACAUCCAGAUGCAGCUCUGUCGGAAGGAGAACCUGAAGGACUGGAUGGCUCAGCGCUGCCUCCCGGACCAGAGGGAGCACAACACGUGUCUGGACAUCUUCCUGCAGAUCGCAGAGGCGGUCGACUUCCUGCACAGCAAGGGACUCAUGCACAGGGACCUCAAGCCCUCCAACAUCUUCUUCACCAUGGACGACGUGGUGAAGGUGGGAGACUUCGGCCUGGUGACGGCCAUGGACCAGGAGGAGGACGAGGACGAGCCCAGCGCCCUGACGCCAGCCCCUCUCCUCACCCGCCACACGGGCCAGGUCGGCACGAAGCUCUACAUGAGCCCGGAGCAGCUCUCUGGAAACUCGUACUCUCACAAAGUGGACAUUUACUCUCUGGGUUUGAUCCUGUUUGAGCUGCUCUAUCCUUUCAGGACCCAGAUGGAGAGAGUGAGGACGCUGACAGAAGUGCGAUCGCUGCGCUUCCCUGAGGUUUUCUCCAAAAACAACAUGCAGGAGCUGAGCAUGGUGCGCAGCAUGCUGUCUCUGAGCCCCGGCGAGCGUCCCGAGGCGGCCGACAUCACGGGGACGCCCCUCUUCCAGGAGCUGGAGCUGCCGUGCCGACUGGCCGUGAGGCAGCGUUCCCGCACCUACAGCGCCUCCUCGAUGGGCCGACCCUCGCGCCAGACCUCCUCUACCUGAAAACCCCACCACGCAAUAUGUAAAACCCCCCCGUGUCCCUGCCAUACCCCAGCCACACCUCAGCGCCCUCCGUCACCCUCUGCCUCAGAAAGAAUCACUUUAAAAAGCCAAGAAGAUGUGCAGGAAUCCACCCGAAUCCGUUUUUUAGCGCAGCGAGACAAAGUCCUGCACAGUUUGCUGCCCUUGGUAAACACCAUCACAUUUACACCCAUCAUUACACUGCCCGAGUUUUAAUCACACGAACAAAACAAAAAAAACUAAAAAUAAAUAAAAGCAACAGCCGUUCUGUAACGUCCGUGACCAGACGUGGCUCAAGUGGUACCUUCAAAUACCUCUUUAGCAUGAACUUUAAACGUCUCUGAGUAACUCGGUGUAGAUUCACCUGCUCACCUGGAGGUAACCGACGGCUACGAUCUGAUCCAGGUCCGGUCACGACGCGCUGCUUGCUCCCAGCAUUCAGCCAGUGUUCACUCACCCUUCACUACACCUCAGGUAUCAAAACCAAGAGGACACUCCAAAGGGGCCUUUGAUGCUUGAUCAUCCGAUUGGACUCGUGAUCCGUCCGGUCACUGGUCCGAUCACCUACUGGUGUUCUGACGCCUGAUAUGCCUGAUUUGGGAGACCAAAAAAACAAAAAACAAAACAAAAAAAAAAAAGACCACCUCUUUCCUAUGUGUGUGUUUUUUUUUUUUUUUUAUUAAAUGAGAGAAGGUGAUGUAUUGCAUAGGGAAGAGUUUCUGACUUUGCCUUUAGGAACGGGGCCCGUGGCCUCCUCUGAGUGAGUGCAGAGCCGGUGGCUCGUGUCUUUUUUGCAUGUACCUGAUAGAAAGUUAAAGGCGUGAAUGUGAGUUUGAUCUUGAAGCCAGUACUUGGACGCUUUUCUUUUUUUUUUCGUUUGUGAGUGUAAAUUUUACACUUUAAAGACUCUGAGGUGCUCAAUCAUUUUUCUAACACCUCCUCUUUGCUCUGUGUACAUAACGGAAGGGAAAACUUUGUUUAUAUCCUUUUCUUUGUUAAAAUCAGAUUUGAUCGAUCUUUGUACAUAAUGUAAGGCGCCAUUGCUUGUAAAUGGCUUUUUCAUGAGACGACUGUAAGAUAGUGUGAUAUACUGUGAGAGAGGGAACAAUGAGGAGGAGACAUCUCUGCCAUUAACGGAUAGGUGAAUGUUACAGCGUGACCUCUGGAGACAGACGAUUGGUGGUGGUCACCUCUUUGAAAUUAUUUUCAGUGUUUGAUUUCACGUGUCUUGGGGGAGCCCAGUAGGACCGGAGGAGAACAUGCAGGAACCAGAGUGCCAUUUGAAAGUCAGUUAAGUGUACUUUUCCCGUAAAAAACUGAUAACUCACCUCACAUUUUUGGAAUCGUGCCGUCGUCGUUUUGCUCUGACCCCAUCCAGCUGGUGUUCCCAGUGAGCCACGAGGUCUGCAGCUCUCCCAUGAUGCAGAAAAAACAAACCCCCUUAGUUAAGAAGUCAAUACUGUUUUUUUUCCCCCCCUGUUCAUCGUCUGCCGGGGACCUGGACCUGAUUCUGGUUACGUCAUCCACACGCUCCAUCUGCAUUAGAAGUGCUGGGAGAGUCACACGACCUGUUUGUAAUCACGCAAACUAACUGUUAAUGUGCUUUCAAUGAUUGUACUUUUCUAAGAGCCUCUUUCUUUUUUUUUUUGUUUUGUUUUUUUUAAUAAGUGCAGUUUUUUUCUGGGAUUAUUCUGCAGGGUUUUUGGAUUCCUUUCAAGUCUUGACUGUGUCUGAUACAAGAAGUCGAACCGAUGUUUGUUCAUCCAUCCACCCAGCCCACUGACAGUGACUCGUUGUUGUUGUAAAAUGAUCAGUCCUCGCUUUACAAACACACAGACGCAGUUUUUUAGGGAAUAUCCUCCAGAUGAAAACUCGCUCCACUAAUCUGACUGUAUGAAGUUUCUGUAUGAAGGUACUGAUGCAUAAGUCCAGUGUAAUACAUUUUGUAGGAUACAUUUUUGAUUUUUAAUUUUUUUGAAUUGAAGGCAAAUGCUUCUUUCCCCUCAAAAUUUGCAGAAAGCAAAUUAUUUUAUAAAAAAUCAGUUCCUGGCUGAAUUCUUAUAUAAAUGUUGGACGUUGGAGGGAAACUUCCCCAACUUUGAUCGCCCGCAGUAGUAAAUAGUUGUGUUUAUACCUUUUUAAUACUGAAUACAGCAUUACUGAUAAUUAUCAGAGGUUCUACAGACAAGAAAAUGUGAUCACCCAAAUAGGUUCUCGUGCUUCGUCGAGUAAAGCGUGUUCAUCGUUCGUCCCACUCCCGCCGUCCGCUGACAAGCCAGAGCCCUCUUCAGGACACCUAGUUGUUAUCUGUGCACAAACUCCCCCCUGUUUUCUCUGUCCAUGUUCAAUUGUAAAUAUGUUUAUUUAUGUUUUCGAUGCCGUGAUCAAUCCGUUCUGGGUUGGUGUUAUUAUGAAUGCGCUUCAUGCGAAGGAGUGCGUUGGAAUAUGAUGACUUCUUAUAAGUCUAAAUUUAAUAAACUUGUUCUAUACCAUUUGUACA